UAUGGUUUUCUUUCAGACGAAGAAACAUAACAUGACAAGCCAAGUUACCCAACAGCCAGUUUUCAACUGAACUUCCCGAGGAAUGAAAUCCAAGAUUCCCUGCUAGAAGAAUCUACUAACUGCACAAGUCAAAAAGCCCCAAUCUUUUCCCCCCAUUGAAGCUGCUGAGAAACAGAAGCAGAGAUGGCGACCAAAACAAGAGUGGUUGCGGCAGCUGUAUUGUGGAUUCUAGUUCUUUUUGGAACCUUAGCUUUGAUUCAGAAUCGGUUAAGCGAUAGUGGAAUUUCAGAACCCAAGCUCAAUCAGGUAGUUGAUGAUGAUUCAGAAGAAGUCACACAUAAAGUUUACUUUGACGUCCAGAUCGAUGGAAAAUCUGCUGGUCGAAUAGUCAUGGGCCUAUUUGGGAAAACUGUUCCCAAAACUGCAGAGAACUUCCGAGCCCUUUGCACGGGGGAGAAAGGAACUGGAAACAGUGGGAAGCGUCUCCAUUACAAAGGGAGCACCUUUCAUAGAAUUAUUCCCAGCUUUAUGAUCCAGGGUGGUGAUUUUACUCGCGGCGAUGGACGUGGUGGAGAGUCAAUCUAUGGUGAAAAAUUUGCUGAUGAGAAUUUCAAACUAAAGCAUGAUGGACCUGGACUGCUUUCAAUGGCCAAUGCUGGGCCAGACACCAAUGGAUCACAAUUCUUCAUUACAACCGUAACAACCAGCUGGUUGGAUGGACGUCAUGUUGUAUUUGGCAAGGUGCUUGCUGGAAUGGACGUUGUCUACAAGAUUGAAGGCGAAGGAAGACAGAGUGGGGUGCCGAAAAGUAAAGUUGUCAUUGUAGACAGUGGUGAGAUGCCUAUAUAAUAACACACGUUGUUUUCAAGCAAAUGUAAAAACUUAAGAUUCCCAGAACCCUAUUUUGAUUUGAAGAUAUUUCCUUCAUAUCUUUACUUUUGUGCUUUACUGUAAUCGGUUGAAUUUCCAUGGGAUCACUCUGUUUACAAUAUUCUUCCUAAUAGAAACAAUAUGCUGAUUCUUUAUCUUCCUUCAA